GCAAAUUCAACUUCCUCGCCGCAUUUGCUCUCGCUGGGUCCGUGCCUGGGUUUUACGCAUGUCUAGUGCUACUACUACUACUACCACGACGACUGCUUCUGUUUUGCGGGGAUGGCUGCUGCGGGUUCAGUGUAGACAGGGGUUGUGGGGGAGAGAGGUGGUGGUGGAUUAGGGUUUGAAAAAGGUGGAGCCGGGGUUGGGGAAGAAGGGGGAAGAAGGAAAGGAAAGGGAGUAAAGGCGGGAGAGGAGGGGAGGAGAAGGUGGUGGUGAUGGUGAUGAUGACGACGGUGAUGAUGAUGGCGGAGAAUGGCGCGGGAGCGGGGUCAGUGAUGGAUGACUUGAUGAUGACGACGGCCUCCGAGUAAGAAGCUCUGGCUCUCUCGGAGGCGUUGGAGUGUGAGUGAGUCUGCGAUGUUUGGAAUGGGAGGGGUUGUUGUUGACGAUGGCGGAGCCUGCAGCAGUGGAGGAGACGGGUGCGUGCGCGAGGGCGUCGCAGAGGAUCAGCAGGCGCGUGGUGCAGCGCAGAAUGCUUCUUGUCUAAGCGAAGAGAAGCGUGUAAAAUCUGAAUUGUCUUCUCCGGGUCCUGCAACUCCAAUGCAAGCAGCUCCUCUGCCACAACAGAAACCUAGAGAAUCAAACAAAACUUGUCCCAUCAUCUCCAACACUGGAGCAACGCAUGCAUCUCAACCGGCUAAGGCUGAGAGUGAGCCGAAGCUAGCUGCCAGACCUCUCAAUUCUUCUACAUCUACGCAGGACGUGGUGCUGAGUUUGAACGAAAACCAUAUUUCAUCGAACCCCUCCAAUCCAUGUUCCAUUAGUGAACCACAAAUCCUACAGAAUUCACCCUUAUCUGCUCUUCAUCGUCGUGUUGGGCAUCCAUCUUUUCCCCGUGGCCCUGCCACUUCGAGAACUUCUACUAAACCUUCAUCUAAAGAUGAAAGUCAGCUUCACCUGGCAUCAAAGGCCACUCAAGACGAAAUUGGCCUUUCAUGCUCUGUUAUAACCGAGCGAGCAUCUUCAGACCCAUCCGCCACGCUAAUUGAUCAUCUUAGCUCUAAUUGCAUGGCUGAAAGUUACAAGUAUUCUUUGGAUUCAAGCCUUUCUCUUGGUUCCAAGCCACUUCUAAUGCUUGGUUCGAGAGAGAGAACGUUAGAGGAUGUGGGUCGCGCAUGGGAGGUUGGAGUUGGAAGUGCUCGUCAGAGUAAGCUCACUUGCUCUGUGAUUAAUCCAAACGAGGCGACAGUCACAUUACAAUUUCCACAAGGAAAGACUUUCCGCACGCAAGGCGAAACAUUUGCGGUUGACAGAAGUCGUGACUGGAAAGGGAAACACUUACAAGAAUCCUUUGGUUUCUAUCAAGACGGUAUACCCCAUGAUGGGAAAAUGGAUGGAAAUGUGGAACAAGUCCAGGGACACAGUACUGCCCUUAGUAUGGAGCAUGGUGCGAAUCCUUCUUCAAAUUCUUCUCAUGGCCGAUUCAAGAAGCGUGUGAAAAGAGAAGUAGUUGAUACGGGGUUGGCAUCUCUCAAUGCCAGGGAGCAGGCGUGGGGAAUUGAAGAUGAGCAAGAUUGUAGAAGAAGUGUCAUGUUUGAGAACAAUCAUGUGAACUCGAGGCAAAAUUGGAACGAACCAACAUGUUCACACCCACCGAGCUCAAGCGAGAAAGCGUUUGAAAAGGGUUUUGCGAAAGUUUCGAACGGGCCUAUCGCUGAACAGAAGACUGUGGUUGUGAAAAAGACACCAAAGAGAGUACACAAUAGUGACCCCAGUGCAAUGUUUACGGGAUCGGAAGUUCUCAUUUUGGAUGACUGUCUAAGAAGUCCCCGAUCGAUUCCACAUCACAUAUUGAUGCCAGUGAACAAGCCAGGUUUGAAUGGGGUUGUGUACGCAGCUGAUUUGGCUAAUUCGAUGAGUCGGCAAAGGGCCAGGAAAUCUCAAAAUUUGGUUUGUUCUCGAGAACCUGCUCUAGAUUAUUGUCAAGGUAUUCAGAAUGGGUGGAACAUCCAACAAUCCCAACUUGAAUCGAGACUAGAUACAGUCUCUGCCAGCUCUCUGACGUCAACAUCAAAGCACUCCCUUUCAACGGGCGAGCCGUCUCUGCCUCUAACUCUGAACUUUUCACCAAAGCCGCACCGCCCAGUCGUCCCUGCGUCCAGGACUUCAACAGGGAUACCCUCUACAGAAGAGGAAUGGGGCAAGUCAUUAGCCCUCUGUGGUCCAGGUGCUGAAUCACCCGAUGAGGUUGAAUGUAGUGUUGUAGAACCAAAACCAAUGAGUGCUAAAGAUCGAUUUGUACAGUUGCAAUUGUUUCUGAAGAAGUGUGAUGAUGAUGACCAGAGCUACUUACUUGAUGCUUUACGUCAACUCUCAGCAGCUGCUCGGAGCUCAUGUGCCGUAGAGUUAGAACAGAGAGCUCUGCGUCUCUCUAUUGAAGAAGGAAAAGAGAUGGCACGACUUAAAUCACUCAAUGUAAUGGGACAAAAGACCAACACUAAAGCCCAAAAUGAAAUAGGCUGUACAUCACAGGGCCCUCGUGUACCAUCUUUCAUCACUGCCGUAGACUACCCGUAUCAGCAAUUGUUGCCGAACAUGAAAUCUCCUGCUCAGGUGCAGGUGCCGAUGUCAGGUUCUGGGGCUCCUUCAGCUUAUACAGAAACCUGUUAUUCUGCUUGAGAUAAUUUUGCUCAACUACAUGGAGAGUGGACUACUCAUCCAGCAUUAAUCUGGACCUCCCUAGUUUUAUUAACUAGAGGCCUUCAAAUCUUUGAUAGGAAAUACACAUGGUCAUACAUCUGACAUAUAUGAAGAAGGGUGAUGAACUGUAAAAGCAUAUAGGUGCUGAGAUUUUUCCCGCAUUUGGUUGCCAUGGCAAGAACCUGUACCUGGAUUCUCUACGUUCAUGGUCAACAACUUCGCUCACUCUUCCAUUUAAAUCUUUUCAAUCACUGGACUACAAUUGUCCUCUCAAUCCUUGAUCUCCUUUCACUCAUUCAUGUAGACGUUCACCGGUUUCCAGAAGGUUCCAAUCCAAACCUCGGAGAAUCACCUACUCACUGUACACGUUCACUACUGACAUGUAUCCUCACCCAGAUAGAUCUGCAGCAUGCGGAUAUGAGAUGUUAUGUUACAUGUCAACUUCCCGACCUCUCACUACCCUAAACCGCAUUAGUUAGAUUAAAAGCCCUUAAUUUUGGCGUGAAACCACGAACUCUACUGUACUGUUCCGUAACAGCAUUUAGAGUUCCAAUCGACAAGGUAUUCUGUCGCUCAGGAUGCGGUUGUCUCCGACUUCACGAAA